AUUUAAAAGCCUUUCAACUGAAUUUUACUUCCUGAAAUAAUUUAUAUAAAGUUUAUAAAAACCUAAAUGUAUGCAAACCGUUCCCAUGAUGUAUGGACAUAAUAUUUUCCUAUCCCUUUGUAUCCUCUGCCAUCUCCUUAACUGUACACUCACACAAGCUUUAAGUGAUGCAUGUCAAGAUUCCAGCCAGUGUUCAACAAGCAACGCAGAAUGUGGUAGUAGUAGUGGUACUAGAAUCUGUCAGUGUAGAAAUGGAUAUUAUGAUACAAAUGGUGUAGAAUCUGGUGGAUCUUGUAUGCAAAAGGUUUAUGUUGGGAGUAACUGCCCUCAACCAACAACUUCUGUGCCAGAUACAGCUACCUGUAGUGACAAUAAUGCUAGAUGUAUGUCAAGUGGUAGUUCAUAUACUUGUCAAUGUAUAAGUACCUAUUAUGACAAUAUGAACAGCAACAGAAUCAACAGGCAAUGCAUUUUAAGAAGAGGUCUUGGAGUUACCUGCAGUGAUAAUGGUUACCCAAGAGACCAAUGUUCAGAUUCAAGAGCUUCAUGUAUAUCGGAGAGUGGAAUAUACAAGUGUAAAUGUGAUCCUGGGUAUCAUCAAGAACAACAACAGUGUGUAGCAAAUAAAGCUCUUGGUGAUACUUGCAAUUUGGCUGCAACGGAAGCAGAAUGUUCUGAUCCCGCUGCCGUAUGUUUGAACAGCAAAUGUACAUGUAAUACUAAAAGUUAUGAUAGCAAUGGACUAGUAAAUGAUGGGACAUGUAUGCCAAGUAAGAAAAAAUAAAGCAGUAUUUGGAGGUUUUAAAAUAUUAAUUAUAAGAUUUAAACUUUCAUUGUUGAUGC